UCUUGAUUUCUCAACUGCUCUCAUGAAUCCUGAGAAACCAAACCAUCUGCAACUGUGCGUGAUUGAGCAAUUCCUCCUUCCAUAUGCGGUUGCAGGGAGAGAUAUAUAUAAAUAUAGAGAGAGAAAUUUAGAGAGAGAAGCGCUCUUUUUAAUACUCUCUCUCUCUCGCUCUUCAUUGAUGCAUUGCACUCAAUUGAUUUAGUUCUAUCAUCAUUCAUCCAGCUUAAGACCCCAGAAAGUGUUCCUAAGAAUUUUGUCAUAUAAAUUUGGGAUCUUUCUCUUCCAGUAAGUGAGCCUUUAGUUUGAUGUCUUGGGAGCUCGAUAACUUCUCAUGGGUGGAGUGGAUAUCAAUUGCAUAUAGAGGAACUUCUAUGAACGUUUAAAUGGGAGAUUGGAUAAUUGGUGCUGUCAUCAAUCUUAUUGGCAGUAUCGGCAUUAAUUUUGGGACAAACCUUUUGAAACUGGGUCAUAACCAGAGAGAGAAACUAGCAAUUCUGCAAAGCUCUGGGAAUGGAGGAAAGGUUAUCUUGAAGCCAAUUAUUUAUUUCCGGACUUGGCAAUUUGGUCUGCUGUUUUUUGCACUGGGGAACUGUCUGAACUUCAUUUCCUUUGGAUAUGCAGCGCAGUCACUUCUUGCAGCGUUGGGGUCAGUUCAGUUUGUAUCAAAUGUUGCAUUUGCUUACUUUGUUCUGGACACAAAAGUUACAACAAAGGUCAUGCUUGCUACUGUCUUCAUUGUUCUCGGGAAUAUAUUCCUUGUUGCCUUUGGCAAUCACCAAUCACCUGUUUACACUCCUGAGCAGCUAGUGGAGAAAUUUAGCAAUCUGAUAUUCCUUCUUUAUUGCCUUGGCCUGAUCUUGGUUAUUGUUUUUAAUCACUUAAUAUAUAGGCGAGGUGAGCUUCUACUUUCAUCUGCUGGGCAUGACCUCAAACCUUAUUGGCCCUUGCUAUUGCCUUUCUCAUAUGCUAUUGUUUCUGGCGCACUUGGCUCAUACUCAGUAUUAUUUGCAAAGUCAUUAUCAAACUUGCUGCGAUUGACUAUGAGCAGCCAUUAUGAAUUUCAUAGUUGGUUCACUUACUCCAUGCUCUUGUUCUUCCUGAGCACAGCUGGUUUUUGGAUGACGAGAUUGAAUGAGGGACUGGCACUUUUUGAUGCAAUACUUAUUGUCCCAAUGUUUCAAAUUGCUUGGACCUUCUUCUCCAUUUGUACAGGCUUUAUAUACUUCCAAGAAUAUCAGGUUUUCAAUUCAUUGAGGACAACGAUGUUUAUACUUGGCAUGGUUUCAGUCUUUACUGGAAUUUCCUUGUUAGCACCUGAGGAUUCCAAGGGCCAUGAAACAAAGAAUGCUCUUCCUAUAACAUCUCAACCUUCAAGCUUUACAACUGAUCUCAGCAGGUCCCUCAAUUUAAUUGAAAAAGACGUAAGAGACCCAAAAUCACUAGGACAUGCUGUGCUCACAAGGGCAAGAACCUUCACUAUCAAAGCGAGGGCUGCUUGUACAUUGUCCUUAGGCUUAGGCGAGGAUCAGAUCGGCGCUUCAUCGGUUCUUACAAUGCCCAUGCUAUCUUCUCGGAUGACAACAAGUUUCAGAGGAAGUGAUUUGGACCAAGAGAAAUUCUUGUCCUUGAGAAACACUGGUUCGGCUAAGGGCUUGAUAGAAGAGGAUGGAAAAGAGAUGGAGACCACUUCUUUGCUUAUGUAAAACCAUAGGGGCGACUGCAUGAUAUGAAAAGAAGUUGUACUUAAGAGUAAAGCAUUCAAUACUAGUUAUCUGAUUCUUUUUUUCUUUAAAUUGCAUUUGAGAUGUGUGUAAUUAUUGUAUUUACCAAGAUGAAGUUCUUUGGGACCCAUUGUGUUUUUGGAUCGCAAUGGUCGACCAUGGGUACCAUCUAACGUUGCACCUAUCCGUUUUGAAGAAAACUUGAAAAUUCUUAUGUUUGAACAUCUUUUCUGUAAAGAUCUCAUUGCAUCAA